CUAGCAAAUAUAUGUAACUAGAUUGAAAUGUGGAAGUUAAUUGCUAAAUUCCAUAUUUGAAUCUAUUGCACUUUAAAAAUAAAUGGGAAUUUGAAAGUUGAAACUUUCUCAUUAGAAGCUAAUUGGUAAGGUCUCAAGGCUAGUUCUGCUCAAGAAAAAUAUUACAGUUCUUCUAAUUUUUUCAAGGUUUCCACUCAUGUAACCCCUAAAUGCUGACAGGUCUUUGCUCUUAACAUGGUAAGUAGAGAUCAAUUCAUUUAAAGCUAAUUGAAAGAUUAUACUGCACUUCAUGGUGAUAUUUUUAGUUUAUUGUUUACAGAGUGGCAAGGUGUGUGGACUUUGUUUUAAAACAUACAACAAUCUGAGUCAACACCUGAAAGUUACACAUGCUGUACAAAAUAAAGAAGAGCUUCACCUUCUCCUACAAUAUGGAAAUGGACGGACCAGCAAAAAAGUGGACUGUCCUAUUUGUGACAAGACUGGAUUUAUUAGACUGGACAAACACCUUGAUGAUUUCCACGGAAUAUCAAGAAAAGAUCGAGAUGAUCUUUUGAAAGAAGCAAAGCGAAAGGAGAUAAUGAAGGACCUUGUGGCACUUAAGGGAUUAGGGUCAACGCUGCCUAUGGUGUCAUCACUUAGUGAUGGUAAAGUCUUACUGGGUUUUAGUAGCUAACAAUUCAAGUUGUGAUAAAGCAAGAAAUGCCUAAUUGUUAUCUAUCAUUUUCACAUUCUUAAAGACAAGGAACCCACUAAGGAUGAUGAAGUGAUGGAUAUUGGUGAAGCUUCUGUUUCUGAACAAGACUGUGUUGGUGCUCCCCAGCAAUCCUCCACCCCCCUUGGUUUUGAUGAUAAUCCUCAGACUCAGCCUCUCCCUGUUACAAGUUCUUCCAUAUCUCUUCUUGUUCCUCCAUCUACAAGCCUUUGUAAUGUCCCUGCAACAGCUAAUAUCAGUCAAAAUCACAUCCCUUCUUGUCAGUCAGACAGCCAUUCAUCUCAGCAACCUGUCUCUGAGAUAAAUAGCCCACCAAAUUCAUCAGAAUCCCAGCCCUGCUGUGCCAGUUGCAAAAACUUGGCCUGUAGGCUACAAGUUUUAGAAGCAAAGGUUAAAACUCUGAUGUCAAAUUCCACCCCAAAACAAUCAGCAUCAACUUCCAAAUUACCCACUUUCACCCCCAAAGGAUCAGUGCAGAAAUUUGAACAUGUCCAAAAGGGCAGAAUGCCUGAAAACCUCUGCGGAAAGAUUAUUCUAGACUUUGAAAAGUUUAUCCUGGGGCCAAGGACUGGAAGAAAAGACAUUGAAAAUGCACGUCAGGCACGAAGCCACGCACAACGCUUCUGUAACUACUUGCUGGGUGGCUGUCUCAGAGAUGCAGGGUCUACGGAUCUGCUUUUUCUGAGACAAAUUGACAAGAUACGCAUGUGGCCAACGUAUCUGAAACACAAAGGCUAUGCAAUCACAACAAUAGGAAAUAUGCUUUUCAAUGUCACACGUUUCUUGACACAUGUUGAGAACAAAUUUCAAUCAGUCAGCAAAUUAAGGACAAAAGAUUUGGUGAACAUGAUCUAUGAGAUUAAACGAGUCCAGAAAGAAGUGAGACGGGAUGUUGUUGUCCAUCGGCAAAAAGUGAAGCGCUGUAAAACAAAAAACCAGCUUGGUCCAUCUGUUGAAAAUCACUUCCUAAUGGCUGCCAAAAACACCAUUCCUACAUUGUUAGACAGCGUCAAAAAAGAUCAACACUUGGAGGCUGAGCAUAUCAAACUGAUGGGCUACCUCAUGGGCUAUCUGUGCAUGCUGACAGGACACAGAUCUGUUGUCAUGACAAACAUGACCAAAGAAAAUGUCCUGCAUGCAGAACGUUCACGACAGGGGUUCCAUAUUACAGUUGAUGAACACAAAACUGUGCGUACAUAUGGACAGGCAUCCUUGUUUCUCAACAAGGACGAGUAUUCCUGGCUAUCACAACUGAUAGACAUCCUUUCUGUCAGAAGGAGAUACGCCAAAUGCAAUUAUAUCUUUGUGACCUACAAGGGGAAACAAAUUGAGAAACCUGUCCAUUUCCUUAAAGAAGCCUGGAGAGAUGCUGGCCUGGAAGGGAACAUCACUUUCAACCAGAUACGGAGCAGUGUCUCCACUGAAGUAAGUUCGAACUUUCAUCUCAAAAAAAUGAACUUGGCAAGGGUGAAUCUAUCCAGGCAGAAGACAUCAUCCAAAAUGGAGACCAAGGAAGAACUUACUGAGGUGCCCCCAGUCGAAGUUCCCCUGGAAGUGGCAUCCUGGACUGAAGUCUCCACGAUGCCCUCAGGUGAUGCACCCAUGGAGGAGGCAACUCAGGGCAAAGUGUCCGAGAUUCCCCCAGUCCAAAUUCCCCUGGAAGAGGCAUCCCGGACAGAAGUCUCCACGAUGCCCUCAGGUGAUCCACCCAUGGAGGAGGCAACUCGUGGAAAAGCGUCCGAGAUUCCCCCAGUCCAAAUUCCCCUGGAAGAGGGAUCCCGGACUGAAGUCUCCACGAUGCCCUCAGGUGAUGCACCCAUGGAGGAGGCAACUCAGGGAAAAGUGUCCCAGAUUCUCCCAGUCCAAAUUCCCCUGGAAGAGGCAUCCCGGACAGAAGUCUCCACGAUGCCCUCAGGUGAUCCACCCAUGGAGGAGGCAACUCGUGGAAAAGCGUCCGAGAUUCCCCCAGUCCAAAUUCCCCUGGAAGAGGCAUCCCGGACAGAAGUCUCCACGAUGCCCUCAGGUGAUCCACCCAUGGAGGAGGCUACUCGUGGAAAAGCGUCCGAGAUUCCCCCAGUCCAAAUUCCCCUGGAAGAGGCAUCCCGGACUGAAGUCUCCACGAUGCCCUCAGGUGAUGCACCCAUGGAGGAGGCAACUCAGGGAAAAGUGUCCCAGAUUCCCCCAGUCCAAAUUCCCCUGGAAGAAGCAUCCUGGACAGAAGUCUGCACGAUGCCCUCAGGUGAUGCACCCAUGGGGUUGACCUGUUACAGAGAAAUAUGCAAUUAA